GAGGACGAUAGGCAAGGGAUUGCUGCCGAGGUGAACGUGUACUUCAGACGCGGCGCGUUGAUUCACUCCGAUCCCGCUCUGCACACUGCACUCCUGUGAACCAUUGACGGAGAGCAAACUCGUCGACAUAUAAAGGGUGAAAGGUAUCGCGGUCAACGGGCAGGUGGAAGAGUGGAGCGCAGAUCGUUCAGCCAUUUCAGCGUCUCGGUCUUCAACUUCAACCUCAGCUUUCCUCCUUCAAUCUUCCUCUCACUGCAUAUCACUACACUCCUAUCACCAUGUCCACCCUUUCCACCACCGCCCUAGGCCUCGCCCUCCCACGCGAAUACGGCUACGUAGUAACCGUCACCGCCGCGACCUUCUUCCUAGGACUAUGGCACGGCUUCCGCGUCAGCAUGGCCCGCCAACCCGCCGGCAUCAAAUACCCCAAAGCCCACGCCGACACCGCCGACAUGUCCUCCGCGACGCCCGAGCAAAAGCAAGCGAUGCACAUUUUCAACUGCGCGCAGCGAGCGCAUGGGAAUUUCUUGGAGAAUCAUCCGGGUGUGGCGAUUGCCAUGCUCAUCUCCGGGUUGAAGUGGCCGGUUGUGACGGCGGGAUUGGGAGCGACGUGGGUUGUGGGGAGAAUUGUGUACCAGAUUGGAUAUACGAGCAAGACGGCGGAGAAUGGCAAGGGGAGACUGCCGGGGUAUAUUCUGGGUGCGAUUCCGCAGUUGGCGCUUUACGUGAUGGCGGCGUGGACGGGUGUCAGUAUGGUGAGAUGA